UCUCUAUCUCUAUCUCUAUCUCUCUCUAUAAAUACUCGAAUCGUUGUUUGUAUAGGUCCCUUUGCUCAUCUGUCAUAGAGAGCAAUUUGGAGAGACUAUGUCGAUUGCUUUAGAGAGUAAUGGGAUCCAACGGUCUGGAUCUCAUAAAGUGUCGUGUAUUGCGAUCUACGACUCGCACGAAUCGGGUAGGUUUUCUACUGCAGAUGGGCGAUUUGAGGCGACGAAGAAUUUGGUGGAGGACAGACAUGAUGCGGUGGUUGAGAGCUCGUCAUCUUCAUCGUCGAUUGGGAGGAAUAGUGAUGUCUCGUUGGACGGAGAUCCGAAUUCCGGCGAUGGCGAGGAGGUUCAGAGCGAGUUUAAAGGGCCAUUGGAUAGUUUGGAUGCCUUGGAGGAAGUUUUGCCUAUCAAGAGAGGCAUAUCAAAGUUCUAUUGUGGCAAAUCAAAGUCUUUCACGAGUCUUGCUGAUGCUGCAUCUUGUUCCACCAUCAAAGAUAUUACUAAACCAGUAAAUGCUUACUCUAGAAAACGCAAGGACUUGCUAGCUUACAGUAAUUUCUGGGACAAGAAUCGUAAUCACCUUUCUAGAAGUAAUACUGGUGGGAUAUCAAAGAGGCCUCUCAACUCUAGCAGAAGUACAUUGGCUCUUGCAGUGACCAUGAGCAGCUCUGAGAGCAUUAAUAAUGGCGAAAGCUCCGACUCAAACUCAUCAUCUCCCAAUCUGUGUCUUCCUCCUCUGCCCCCACACUGUAGAAGAUCACCCGACAAAGAAUCAUCUUCAUCACCUCUUACACAGAAUCUCUAUCCAUGGCGAUCUUUCUCUCUGUCUGAUCUGCAAUGCGCUGCCACUGCAACUUCCAGUAUCACUGGCUUAGUGAUUAAUAGCCGAGUCAAGGAGGACAAACUAAAUUGACAUCUAGAUUUAUUUUUUGUAAAAUUGCCCUAUGAAUCCACAAUUGGAUUAAUGUUCAAGGGUGUGGUGAUGCAAAAUCUAAUUUUGUGUGGAUUUUCAUGGUGGUGGGGCUUUAUAAAGAGUUUCCUAGUUUGAUCUUGUGUUUCUGCAUAUUGUAGUACUUGUUUUCAAUGUACCACACUCCGGCAAUUUUAGAAAAUAAUGUCUGCAGUGUGUUGUCCAUUUUUUUCUUACUUGCCCAGUGUUAUAAAAUGUGUUGAAUGCUUCUCUUGUAUAAAUCCAAGAAGAUUCAAUCUUGUUUUAUCCUCCUUUCAUAUCAGCUUGUAUUGUCUUUUACGAAAUCAAUUUCUUUCGAACAAGGCAAAUGGUUCACUAGAGACAUUGAGUGGCUAUA